AUGGAAUCAGGAACCGAAGACCAAGACCCCCAUAGCCCCUCCGUUCCACGCCCCACUGACCAGCCCACUUUCCAACAGAACUUCUUUCAAGAAAGGGACUCAGAUGUGGAGGAGAAACCUUUCGAAGAAAAGGGCAAGUCACCCUCUUCUCAGUUAAGAGACAGCAGCUGCACCCGAAGGCGAGAGUCAGAGCCCAAGACAGAUGAGGAGAACUCCAAGGAAACCGAGCUCAAAGGCAGAAACAACUGCAUUGCUCCCUCAGGCACAGCUGGCAGUUUGGGUUGUAACCUCGGUUCCUUGCGCGUCCAGUUCCGACUAGGUUUCCAGGGUCUCCGGUUGCAGGAAGUCACUCAAACUCCGACUUUAUCCACAGAACCAGAAGGCUGCUCCCAUCAGGAGAGCUCCAGGAAGAGGAAAAUGGGUUCCGGGGACAGCGCCCGCGUCACAACAGGGGCUUCUCCAAAUGAGCGCAAUAUGACUUUGGGUACAAAGAAACCCAAGGUCCCCGACGCAGGCCACACCAGUGAGAGUGAAGAGACCCGGGAUGCCUGCUCCAGGAGACCCCGGAGGAGGAGCACUGGGCGCAGCAAGCGGCCCAGAUCCAGGUCUCCAGGAGACCAGCCGCCUCCACUUCGGAAAACCCUGGUGACCUCCCUGCGCACCAUAUCUGAGGCCAUUUAUCAGGACGUAGUUCAGGCGCAGAUCCAGCAGGCGCAUUCGCCGCUGCCCUGGGAGCAGCUCGCCCAGCUCGCCCGGCUCCGGGGGCCUCUGUCCGACCUGGUGCAGACCUUCUACGCCAUGGCCACCCAGGCGGCCUAUGUCUUCCCUGCUGAGGGCUGGCUGCUCCCAGCCCCACUCCCAGGUCCCCAGGGCCCAGCUGAGAAUGGAGGAGAAGCCCGGAGCUCCUCCCAGGGGGGAGAGUGGUGCCCCUCUUCCCCCGAGAGGAGACAGCUGAGGCUGUCAGAGGACCCGAUUAGGCUUCAGUGA